AGAGAACGUUAGUGUGUCUCUUCUUCAGUGCUGCAGGAUCUAUUGGAAGGAGCAGCCGGAUCUGCAGCAGCUUCUAGUCUUUAGCUAUAGAGCAGCAGAGAGCAGCUCCAGCACUGCUCUCCAGCAUCACUCACUCUACAGUCUAUAGAGCAGUAAAGGGUUUAAUAGAGACAGAUGUGAUGUGAGUGAGGAGCAUCCUCCAGAGCAGCAGCACUAUUAGAGAAGAUCCAUCUGAACCUUCAGCAGACCAGACUGACCAGACCUCCAGGUGUCCAUGUGUGUGUGAGUGUUAGGGGUUGGGGUGUGUGUGUGUGCUGUGUGUGGGGCUUGAACACGUCCUCUCCAGCCGCUCAAUAAUUCAGCAGCUCCGGCCGCCUGCAGCGGAAACCAACUUUCCCUUUUUUACAAGAACUUUCUACUUUUUCUACAACCUUAUUCUAGGAUAUUCACAGGCUGGGAAAGAGGCGGCUGGUUGAGUGUGUGUGUAUGUGUGUGUGUGUGUGUGUGUGUGUGUGGAGUGAGUGUGUGUAUGCUUAGAGUGGGUGUGUUUGCUCUUGACAGAUCAUCAAAGAAGCCAGACAGAAAGACAGAUAGAGGACUUUUAUCUGUCUAACAUCUGGACUUUAUGAAUGGACCCUCUGACCCCAACAGCAUCUGCAGAAAAAUCCUGUAUCUCCAAUGAAAUCUGCCUGAGAAAAAGCUCCAGAACUCGCACCCUGUGCCAUAUGGGAAGUCCCUCAGUCUCACACCCAGCCGAGGGUCUCCAUCCAGUGGGAACUUCUGCAGUGUGUAGGUUUGGCUGAAAAGGGGGAAGCAGCUCGACCCCCCUCGGACUCACCAUGGCUGGCUGCACCAGCCGCUGCAGACAGGGGGUGCUGAAGCUCAUCCAGUCUUUCCAAAGACUCGUCUCAGGAACACUGACAAAAGACAAGGUGGACGAUGAGUUGGAGAUGACCAUGGUGUGCCAUCGCCCAGAAGGCCUGGAGCAGCUCGAGGCUCAAACCAAUUUCUCCAAACAAGAACUUCAAGUCCUUUACCGUGGCUUCAAAAAUGAGUGUCCCAGUGGAGUGGUGAACGAGGAGACGUUUAAACACAUCUACGCUCAGUUUUUUCCUCAUGGCGACGCCAGCACAUAUGCACACUAUCUGUUUAGAGCUUUUGACACUACAAAUAACGGAUCUAUAAAGUUUGAGGAGUUUGUGAUGGGGCUGUCCACUCUCCUGCGAGGAACAGUCAGAGAUAAGCUGGAAUGGACAUUCCAUCUGUACGACAUCAACAGAGACGGGUUCAUCAGCAAAGAGGAAAUGACGGACAUUGUGAGGGCCAUCUACGAUAUGAUGGGAAAGUACACUUACCCUGCACUGAAAGGAGACGUUCCCAAACAACAUGUUGACGCUUUCUUCCAGAAAAUGGACAAGAACAAAGAUGGAGUUGUGACACUGGAGGAGUUUGUCCUGGCAUGCCAGGAAGAUGAAACCAUGAUGAGGUCCAUGCAGCUGUUUGAAAAUGUGAUGUAAAGCCGACAAGCAGAGCGAGUGUGAAAGCAAGGGAUUAGACUGAGCGGUUUAUAGGAGAGCGUGAGGGAGAGAGUGAGAGAUGGCAAAACACAAAACUCUCACUUUCUCUCUCCUGAAACCUGCACCAGACACUGACUGCAUCUAGGCAAGAAUCUAGAUGAGAACUUUAUGAAGCUAAAGAACUGUAUAAUAAACAUAUUGACUUACCUGAAUGGAGAGGUGUGGUCCUUGAAUGCUGAGGAAAUCUGAGGAAAACUCUCUCUUGCUAUGAAGGAAAACAGAACUGAUGAUUUGGACAUUUGUAAGCAUCCACGAUGAACCCUUGUGUCUGCUACCUUGACCCUCUGCUUUUUGCUAAAGAAAGAGGGCACCAACUGUGAAACUUUGGAAUUGGACAAAUUGGAAAUGUUGGAGAUCUUUUGAACUGCAAUUUGAGUUUCAGGCCAUUAUUUUGGAGCUACAAGACAAGGACUCCCUCUACCUGUGAUAAAGUUGAACUGCAUCUAGGAGGUUUUGACUUCUGCUUUGGGUUAUUCUGUAAUUGCCAAGAGUUUGCAUGUUUUCCCAGGAGAUAUGCUCCCUUUUAUUUACUUGAAUGUUGGCCUAUAAUAUAAUAUAGUAUAAUAUGAAAGCCUAAUUAUGUCAUUUUAGCAUUACAUGGUUUAAGGAGUUAUUUAUUACAGUCAUGGUAUGCAGGGAUGACUUCUUGGAUGAUUGCUGUUGUCUUGUCUUGUGUUGUAGGCUGUUUACAAUAUUGCUUAUUAUAAAUUCUUUCUGUCCUCAAUACGUCCCGUUUAUAUGUCUGUCUGUCUGUCUGUCCCUGGACUAGGAAACCAUUAAGCAUAAUUUUGUGUGAGAGAAUGAAUGCGUGUGUAUUCAGCAGAACUCAGAAAGUGGUUGUAUAUUAAUUGCUCUGCUUAAUUUCAUCAAGUGACAAUCCAACCCCCAUCUGUCUCAAUGUUUCUCGAGAACUUUUAUUUCUCUGCGAGGAACAUAUUUGUCAUUAUAGGUCAUUUAAGUUUAAUUUAUUAUCCAUUAAACACAGAGGAAAAGAAAUUGAGCAUAAACGCAAUUGAGUGCAGUGGCACAUUAGGACCUCUCUACUGAGUCAGAUGGGCAAAGACGGGUUUAAAAUCCUUUGAAUGCUGUAAAAUGCUAAUCUAAAUCAAUGGCAAUUUAGAAUAAAACUUUGUGAAGAACUUAAAAA